AUGAUCUUUAAAUCUAAAUAUCCAGAUAUAAAACUUCCUCAGGUUGGAAUUUAUCAAUAUGUGACUAGUAAUCCAAACAAAGUUCCGGACGAUAAGGUUAUUUACAUGGACGGGAUUUCUGGUAAAAAUUAUACUUUUGGUGAAGUUAAACAUGAAUCGAAAAAGCUUGCUGCUGGAUUACAAGAUAGACUAGGGUUUAAACGUGGAGAUACUUUAGCGAUAUUUUCAUAUAAUCAGAUCGAUUAUCCUAUUGUGGUCUUUGGGACGAUUGCAGCUGGUGGGAAAGUAACAACAGCUAAUCCAAUUUACGAUGCAGCUGAAUUAUCGCGUCAACUAAUCGAUUCAGGUGCAUCGAUUCUGAUCGUGGAUCCAGAGAUUCUUGAAAUCGCUAUUGAAGCUUUAAACGAUGUAAAAAUUCCCACCUCCAGAGUAUUGUUAUUUGGUGAAAAAGAAAUAAAAGGAUAUAAACCUUAUCGUUCUAUUUUAAGCGGUGAUCGUGAAAUUGAACCGAUUAAUUAUACUCCUGAAGAAGCAAAAUCAACAACUGCUUAUUUGCUUUACAGUUCUGGAACAACCAGUGUGGGAAAAGGUAUCGAACUUACUCAUGCAAAUAUAACUGCUAAUUUAACUCAAUUAAUGGCUGCAGAUCAUGCACUUGGAACACACAGCAUAACUAUGGGAGUUACACAAUGUAGCCACAUUUAUGGGCUGAUCGUUCUUCUUCAUGCGAUCUUACUUCACGGUGCUACUACAAUCAUUCAUUCAAGAUUCAGCUUGGAUACGUUUUGUGAAUCAAUUCAAAAAUUUAAAGUUACCCAGAUUUUUGCCGUUCCACCAACUAUACUUAAACUUGUCAAUGAUCCAUUGGCACAACAAUUUGACUUAUCAAGUGUGAAUAUUAUUCUAUGUGGGGCAGCUCCAUUAGGUGAUAAACUGGAAAAAAAAUUUUAUGAAAUGUUUAAAAUACCAAUUUUUCAAGCUUAUGGUCUUACUGAAGUAUCCCCGGUACUAACCUAUCCUGAUAUAACGAAAAAUACAAUUCCAGGUUCUAUUGGGAUUCUUAUUCCAAAUUUGAAAGCUAGAAUAUUAUCGGAUGAUGGCCGUGAAUUGGGAUACAAUGAACCUGGAGAAUUAUGGGUUCAUGGUCCAAACAUUAUGAAGGGUUAUCUUCAUAAUAAAGAAGCUACAGAUGCUGUCAUCGACAAAGACGGAUUUUUUUGCACAGGAGAUAUUGGUUUUCAAGUCGCACCUUCUGAACUGGAAUCGAUUCUGCUCACACAUGAUGCUGUAUCAGAUGCAGGAGUAACAGGAUAUUAUUCUGAGGAAGAAGCAACCGAAAUUCCUAUUGCAUAUGUCACAAUUAAAGAUGGAUAUGAGAAAUCUCAAUCUUUAGCAGAAGAAAUUCGAUCUUUCGUAGAUGAAAAGGUUGCACCGCAUAAAAAAUUAAGAGGUGGUAUUUUAUUUAUUGAUAAAAUUCCCAAAAAUGGAUCUGGUAAAAUUCUAAGAAGAUCAUUAAAGGAGAAAUUAAAGAAUGAUAGGAUUUGUUAG